CCGCUAGGGGUUCUGACCAUACCGAAAGGUCAGCAUGGAAGGCUUCCUAUGAUAAUUUUCCUACACUAAUUUUUAAUAUAAGAGUAGAUAUCAUGGAAGAUGGAAGGGAACGAAAAUGUUUGUUACAGAAAAUGAUUAUACACCAUGUUAAGUUUGGGAGAAUGCGAGAGUUAAGAGGAUGGUCAAACUUAAAAACCCAAGAACAAAGGGAAUUUGAAAAGUUUUUAGAGAGAAUUGAAGACCCUAAUAACCAUGAAGGGAUAAAUUAUGACCUUCCGGAAAACCCCACUUCUUUACAAGUAGCUAAAUAUAAACUCUGUAAGAAAAUACUGGCUUACCAGAUAGGAAAUAAUUUAACCGAUAAAGAAAUAGCUGCCAGAAUCAAUUUAAGCAUAGCAGAAACGGAAGAUAUUCUUUUUUGUUGUAUUGAAAAGUUUACUUUGGAUAGGUUGUUAACUUAUGCUAGUCAGUUGCUUUCUCCGGCAGAAGUAAAUGUUAGUGUAGAACAAAAAGAACCUGCUAUUCAUGCCCGAGUUUAA